CUUGUAGGUGUCUGCCUACAGCACAUUCUGCAAAUCAGUUCUUAUAAAAAGCAUUUAAGGAGAUCUUCAAUGCUUCUCUUGUUACUCCAAUAUCCCUUUUUUUUUUUGAUAAGAGGCAGUUUGUUGCAGCCCGAGUACGUACGCAUAAUUUGUGGAUAGUGCAUCGUGUUGAUUGAUCUCUCAAUAUGGAUUUUUCAGUCUCAUCGGAGAAUCAAAAUGUUCCUGUACACUACCCGCUGUCUAUGGCAAGCUGGCCCAAUUCAAGGUCGAUAGAGGUGCACAUGUCGACAGGAGAAAGAGUCUGCAUUUUACCGAUCGCAUCCUUAGAAGCCAGUGCGGACCUUAAUUGGCCCUUUAUUUUCUACUGCAUUUCUACAUGUACGAGUCUAGAACCUGACGCGCUUGGGUCACUCACGCUUGUUGAAAGUGAAAGUUACAGGACCACACACCUACUUACUGUUCAACGAGCCUUAUAAGGUCAUUGGCGCGAAUAGAUAUGUGAUGGGAUUUGAAGAAUGAG